CAUAUUCUUCUUCUUGAUUCUAGAACAUUUUCUUCUCCCUUCUCCCUCUAAGAAUUCGGUUCCCUCCCUAUACUAUCUUAACCACCAAAACUUCAUCAAAUUACCAUGCAUUCACUACAUGAAUGGUACACAUAAGUUUCUAGAGGUGGUUUAAGCAAGAAAAACACUUCAAAACUUUUCACUCCCUUCUUAAUUCCUCAAAACCGCCCCCUCCUUCAACUUUCCAAUUCUUCAUUUCUCUUUCAAAUUUCAUGGAAAACCACAUAUAAGCUUGCUCUAGGGGACUCAAGAGUGGUAUGAUUACAAGUUUAGGAGGGAUAUGUUGAAUUGGUAUAUGAGCAAUGGAAAAAGAAUAAGCUGUUCUAAUCAUGGUAAAAGAGCUUAAAUGGUAAUUAAGCUGUUUUGGAGGUGCUUAAAUUGGCAAAUGAUAAACUUCGGGUGCAGGGACUGGAAUGAAAUUUUUUGUAUAUGCUGGUUGAUGAAGUAAGAGUAUGUCACAAAUGAGUUGAGUUGUUUCGGAAAGAGCAAGACCUAUAAGCCAAGACAUAAGCUAUUUUGGAAAAUGGACUAUGGAGUUUUGGAGCUAGCAAAAGCUGCAAAUUGUGGAUAAGAUGCUUGUAAUUUCGGGACUAAUGCCAAGUUGUACAAGUUAUUAUACGAUAAGAUGGCUCGUGAUGAAGAAGCAGACGCAUCUAGACUAUGUAAAGUACACGUUAGUGGAACUAUUUCUGAGGAGGAGUAUGACCGGCUACUUGCUGAGGCUAUUUCUGAAGGGUCAACUGUUGGUCACUCUUUGACCUUCCACACUUGGAAAAAAGUUGUUGGCGACAAGAAGAAAGGAAAGCUCUAUGGUCUUGGUAACUUGGCCGCUAACUAUCGGGCGGGUAGUGUUGCAUCAACACUCACAUUUACGCUCAAUCAUGGUGAAGGAUCCUCCCGGCAGCCUGAGCUAACGCCAGAGAUGCGGGAGCUUAUUCAUAGAUUGGCACAAGAGCAAUUCGCGCAGCAGAUGGCGACUCAAGCGGCUGUUGUGCAAGAUUUGCUCAACCGCCAAAGAUCUUAUGAGGAGCAGCUCGCUCAAUUUAGGCAAGCACAGGCUCAAGAUCCCUCGCUGGUUUUAAGUCCCAAUAUUGAGCCUUAUCCGGUCGAUAGAGAUGAGGAGGAGGAUGGUGUGGAUGAUGAUGAUGAUUGAAGGUGGUGUGUCCUUUAUGAUAAAUUUUUUGGGUCUGUAAUGUUUGGGGAAGUUUCUUAUACUUCCCAAUACAAUUUCUACCUAUUUGAUACUAAUUGUGUGUGAUGUUGGUACAAUUUUAAUUUCAAUGAUGCUAGA